GCUGGCGAUUUCCCGCAUCUUUUGGUUUAUGGACCAAGUGGCGCUGGUAAAAUGACCCGUAUUUACUGUGUUCUUCGAGAGCUUUACGGAAACGGAGUGGAGAAGCUGCGCUUGGAUACACGAAUUUUUGAAGUACCGUCUGGGAGGAAAUUAGAAAUCCAGACAUUCAGCAGCAACUAUCAUAUACAACUUAGCCCUGGUAUAAUUCUACUAGUUUUUUCACCAAUUUCAGUUGUUGUUUUAAUGGAAGCAGAUCAGUUGACGCGUGAUGCGCAGAAUGCACUGCGUCGCACCAUGGAAAAAUAUGCACAAACAUGCCGGCUUAUUUUAUGCUGCGAAUCGAUCAGUAAAAUAAUCGAUCCGUUGCGAAGUCGAUGCAUGGCCGUGAGAGUUGCCGCACCUUCAGACAAUGAUGUCGCAAAAGCUAUCGAAGAGGUUUGCCGGCAAGAAAACGUCACUGUUCCGGAGCAUGUCGUUCAAGCUGUUGUACAAAAAGCAAACGGCAACAUGCGGCGAGCGAUACUUGCAAUUGAAGCUGCCAAAGUACAGCACUAUCCAUUCAAAGAGAACCAAGAAAUUCCGGUCCCAGAAUGGGAAAUUUAUUUACGUGAAACGGCAAAAAUGAUGGUUCAGCAGCAAAACCCUGAACAUCUGAUCAAAAUACGCAGCAGAUUUUAUGAAUGUAUCGGGCACUGUAUACCACCAUCUAUCAUAUUUGUGAAAUUGCUGCAAGAGCUGUUGAACUACUGUGAUGACUCGAUCAAAGCCGAAGUGAUUGCUGCGGCCGCUGAUUUUGAGCAUCGACUUACUCGCGGUAGCCGAGCAAUCUUCCAUCUGGAAGCAUUUGCGGCUUCAUUUAUGGAAAUUUAUCAUCGCCAUCAGAACGAGAAUGCUAUGGAGCAUUAG